UGAAAAAUAAGAGGUUAAGAGUGUCAAUCUAAACUACAAAAACGACCCAGUCUGAAUCAUGAAAUCCGAAUCUGAUGAAGGAUUUGAUGAAUUUACGGCUGAUCAAAAUAAAUACAUUCCGCGGGAGGUGGUUAUUGAAGAACUCCCUGAUAGUGAGGAAUCUGAGGGUGAAGGAUCUUCAUCAGAUGAAGAAGGCAGAACAGAACGACCAAAAACCGAUAUUCCUCCAGAAUACUGGCAUAUUCAGAAAUUAGUAAAGUACCUUAAAACUGGUAACCAAACAGCCACGGUCGUUGCUCUAUGCUGUCUAAAAGACCACGAUUUAACUACUGAAAUAAAUCAGUUAGCAAUUCAGGAGAUCGGUGGCUUGGAACUUUUAAUUAAUCUCCUAGAAACUAAAGAUCUCAAAUGCAAGUUGGGAGCUCUAAGUGUUCUAACAGAGCUUUCACAAAAUCCUGAUAUAAGAAAAUGUAUUGCCAACCUCGGAGGUAUAAACCUACUAGUAAAAAACCUUACUGAACCGGCAAGAGAUUUACAAAUACUUGUUGCAGAGACAAUCUAUAAUGUAGCUCAGGUGAAAAAAGCGAGAAAACAUAUUAGACAGUGCAAUGGUAUUGCCAAACUAGUCGACUUUCUAGACUGCAGUGAGACCAAUUUAAAUACUCCUAAAGAGAAAUUAAGUGAACUCGACAUGGAAGCCGUAGAUAUGUGCGCAGCUGCAGCUAGAGCGUUGUGGUCAGUUUCACGUUCCAAGAAAAAUAUUCAAGUUAUGAUGAAGAGCGGAGCGGUGCCAUUACUGGCAAAACUAUUAAGGUCUGUGCAUAUGGCAGUUGUGAUACCAACAAUAGGAACCAUUGCUCAGUGUGCUAAUGACCCAUCUUAUCAAUUAGCGAUACAAACUGAAGGAAUGAUCAGAGAUAUAGUCAAACAUCUAUCAGCGGAAGAAUACCCAGAAUUAAGAAGAUUUUGUGCAGAAACGAUAUUUAAGUGCUCUGAAAAAUCAACUACAAGAGAUAUGGUGAGGCAAUCGGGAGGCUUGGAUCCUCUAGUGAAUAUAGCCAAAGAUCCUAAAACUAAAAAUGAUAAGCCAUUAUUAGCUGCUAUCACUGGAGCUAUUUGGAAAACUGCUAUUAGUCCAGAGAAUGUGGAACGGUUUGACCAGUUGAAAACUGUUGACGUUUUGGUCAAACUUCUAGAAAACGUCGAGGAAGACGAGGAAGUCUUAAGUAAUGUGGUUGGAGCUCUUGGUGAAUGUCUAAAAUUCGAACAUAAUAGAAAUACCUUAAGGCGAGCAGAUGGAAUUCCACACUUGGUAAACUUAUUAAACUACACUUAUCCUCCUCUUUUGGAAAACGUACCAAUGGUGUUACGAGAAUGUGCUGAAGAUGAAGAAUCAAUGAGGGAAAUUGAACAGCUUGAUGGGGUCAGAUUAAUCUGGUCUUUAUUGAAGAACGAUUCUCCAAAGGUUCAAGCAAAUGCAGCUUGGUCUUUAGUUCCUUGCAUAAAAAACGCAACUGAUUCCGGCGAAAUGGUCAGAUGUUUUGUAGGCGGCUUAGAGCUUAUAGUAAAUUUACUAAAAUCACACGAUACCCACGUGCUUGCCUGUGUGUGCGCGGCCAUAUCCGAAGUUGCCAAAGAUAUUGAAAAUUUAGCUGUUAUAACGGAUCAUGGAGUGGUUCCUAUGCUAGUUAAUCUAGUAGAAACCGAAGAUGUAGAGCUAAGGCAGCAUUUGGCAUCAGCCAUAGCAUAUUGCUGCGCUUGGGGAUCAAAUUGUAAGGAAUUUGGAAGGUUGGGCGCAAUUACACCUUUAGUUCAAUAUAUGGCGGACGGUGAACCAGACGUCCAUAGAACCACGGCACUAGCACUAUUCCACUUAUCUAAAAACCCCUUCAAUUGCAUUACCAUGCACGAGAGUGGUGUGGUGCCGUUUUUGUUAAAAGCGGUGUCAUCUACUGACUGGAAACUUCAAGAAGCUGCAGCUGGUUGCUUGGCUAAUAUUAGGAAGUUAGCUCUUGAGGCAGAAACUGUUCAUCUCAUUAGAAAUCAGCCCCAUUCAGAUGAAGAGAACUAAUUUUUUUUUGUAGAUUUUUUAAUUUAAUAUAAUUAUGUUGUGUA